AUGUUUGAUGCUACUUGUGAAGUUCUUGAAAAAAACACCGAAGAAGGUAAUUUCUCUACUCGUGGAGAUGCUAGUGCUGCUUAUGAUGCUAUCAUAUCCUUUGAAUUUGUCUUUGUUUUGCAUUUGAUGAGAAAUAUUUUGGAAGUUAGUCAUGAUCUUUGUCAAGCUUUGCAACGAAAAUAUCAAGACAUGUUGAAUGCUUUAACUCUGGUUUCUACUACGAAGACUUUAAUCCAAAAAAUGAGAGAAUCAAGUUGGGAGGCUUUCCUAAAAGAAGUUAUAUUAUUUUGUGAGAAACAUGAAGUUGAAGUUCCUGAUAUGAAUGCAUUGCAUAUUCCUAGAAGAGGCCGAACUCGCAAAAUUGUUGAUCAAAUUUCAGUGGAGUAUCAUUACCGUGUUAAUUUAUUUUUUGCUGUAAUUGAUACACAAUUACAAGAGCUUAAUGGAAUAUUCAAUGAUAAUAUGGUGGAAUUGCUUACUUUAAGUUCAACUUUAGAUCCCAGAGAUAAUUAUAAGUUCUUCAGUGUCAACAAAGUAUGUGAAUUAGUAGAACGGUUUUAUUCAGAUGACUUCAGUGACCAAGAGAAAUUUCACAUUAGAAUGCAAGUUCAACAUUAUGAACUUGAUGUUCCUAAUCAUGUUGAAUUAACUAACUUGUGCACAAUUUCAGAGUUAUGUCAAGGAUUAACGAAGAUAGGAAAGUCUUUAACAUAUCUUUUGAUUGAUCGUUUGAUUCGCUUGGUAUUAACUCUUCCUGUUUCAAUUGCUACAGCUGAGAGAUCUUUUUCAGCUAUAAAUAUUGUGAAGAAUAGACUCAGAAACAAAAUGGAAGAUGAAUUGCUUGCUAAUUGUCUUUUGAUUUACAUUGAGAAGAAGAUUGCUGAAAGAUUUGACACAGAUUCUAUUAUCGAUGAAUUUUAUGAUAUGAAGAAUCGACGUGUACCACUUCGUUAG